AUGUCUAUUACUACGUUUGAAAUAUUACCAAACGAAAUUCUACUAGAAAUUUUUUAUUAUAUUAAACGAGCUGAAAUUUUCUAUUUAUUUUUUCAUCAAAAUACACGAUUUAAUCGAUUACUUUUAAAUUAUUAUACGAAUGAUAUUGACAUUAGAUAUACAUCAUAUAAAGCUUUUAAUUAUUUCUGUUCUAAUAUAAUGCCGUCAAUUGCAGCAAAUAUUAUUUCAGUGACGUUAGGUUAUGAACAUUGUUCAACAGAACAACUCUAUUUACUAUCAAAUACUUGUCUAUCAUUUAGAAGUUUAAAACAUUUGAAUUUACAUUGUAGACAAGAGCAAGAUCUAGAAUUAUAUUUAAAACUUGUAGAAAGUUUAUAUUCUCUAACUGUUACAAUAAGCGGACAUAUUUCAUUAUCUGACAAUACGACUCGAUGCAUUUUCAAUAAUAAAAAUUUUCUAUUUAAAGAAUGUUCAAUAAUAAAUGGUGUUUUCUCUUUGAAAAAUAAGCGAUAUCUCUCAACAUGUUUUAUUCAAUGUUUAACAAUUGAACUUGAAUUUUACGGUCAAUUAUUAGUUUUAUUUGAUUUUAUACCAUAUAUUAAAAUAUUAAGUACAAAAUUGAAAUGGUUUGAUUUCGAUCCUCAUUCAAUUAUUAAUUAUGAUUACAAAGCUCUUCAUAUGAAAAUUAGUCAGUUAUCUAGUUUAAAAUUACAGUUUAAUCAAAUUAUAUUUGCCAAUGCUUAUGACUUAAUUGAAUUGUUAAUUCAACAUAUUGUUUCAUUAGAAUAUUUAACACUAAGUAUUGGUUAUUUAUCUGAACCAUCUGCUAUCGAUGGUCGACGUAUAGAGAUUAAUUUAUUAUCAACGUUAUUGAAUUUAAUCGAUUUUAAUUUUUAUUUUCGAUUUUCUUAUAAAAACCAACAAAUUAAAUCCAUAAUAUCUUCAUUUAAAAACGAUUAUUGGCUAUUAAAACGAAAACAAAAAAUCAUAUGUUAUACAGAUGUUUGUCAAAAUGAUUUUUAUCUUUAUUCACUGCCAUUUAGUUUUUGUGAUAUUGAUUGUAUAUCAAAUGGUAUUACAAACUAUAAAACAAAUGAUGACGAUUGUAAAUUUCAGUUUAAUUCAAUUAUUCCCAUUGGAACACCAAAUGCAUUCGAUUUAUAUUGGCCAGUAGACGCUAAAGUAUUAAGCAUGUUUAAAAAUGUCAAAUGUUUGAAAUUUUAUCUGGGCAGUUGUAGCUCAAUUAAUAAGUCAUCAAUGUUGAGACUUAAAAAUGUAAAUACAGUUAUUUGUAAAUAUUUAACGCCAGAUCAACAAUUAUUUGAACAACAUUUUUCUUACAUAUUCCCAAAUGUUCGUGUUUUAAAAAUCGAUGAUGUAAGUAUAUAUCGAAUUGUGGGAAAACAAUUAGCAUUUGACCACAUCAAGAACAAUUAUUUUGUCAAACAAGUUAUUGAAUUGCAUUUAAAUAAUUUAGAAGUCAACGAUGUUGAUGAUGAGAAAAAUAAUUAUUUACUUGAAUUUCUUCAAUAUUUUUCGAAUAUUCAAAUAUUAGCAUUAGAAUUUGCUAAUAAAAUUCCUAUUAAAAUUAUUCAGAGUGUUCUCGAAGUAUUAUUAUUGUCAAAUAAAAGAUGUUUAUUAUCAUUUAUUCAAUUUUAUUCAUGGAAUAAUAAUUUUGUGAUUACUAAAAAUGUUGCAGAGAUUUUUCAACGAUUAUUAAUUGAGCACUUUGGCAAUGACAAUUGUUAUAUCCAUAUUGAACGUUAUUAUUUAAGCUUUUGGCGUUAA